UGUAGGUUGGCGCGUUGUACGGCAGAAAGGCCCCAAACUUGGCCGCAGGUAAGGGCCUGAGUCGAGCGAUGGGGGCAACGCGAGAAGCAUCUCGGACCACGUCUCAGCCCGAGUUCUCAGCGGGGCCGCAGCGCACCUUCCACAACACACUACACUUCUGGAGGAAAUCCGAGCUCCGUCAUGGACCACGCACGCCCGGCCCGCGGCGGGCAGCCAGGCGCAAGAGUACCAGCCGAGCCCGAGCCGCAUCCCCCUAUGCCGCCUCGGCCCGGGCCUCCCGCCCCGCCUCCUCCCGCGCCGAGACCUCCCACUCCGCCACGACCGGGGCCGCCGCCUCGACCCCCAGCCCCGCCCCGCCGCCAGGCUCCGCCUCCUGCCCCAGCGUGAGCCCGGCCCCGGACAGCCUUUCCCGCUCCGGCCGCCGCGCGCUGGCAGUGGCGUGCGCGCUAGCCUGGCGGUACUUCUGGAGGCCCCCUUGGCCCCGCCGUCCGUACGCCGGCAAGAUGGCGGCGCCCAGCGAGCCCGCGGGCUCCUCUCGUAGCAGUCUCUUCUCCUUCCUGCCCGGCGGCGCGCGCUCUGAGAUGACAGACGACUCGGUGACUGACGCGCGGGGCCGCCGCACGGGGCAUAGGGACGCCGCCGCCUCUGCCUCGGCCCCGGCGCCGCAAGGUUUGGAGCACGGGAAGCGGCCGUGCCGGGCCUGUGUAGACUUCAAGUCGUGGAUGCGGACCCAGCAGAAGCGGGACGUCAAGUUUAGGGAGGAUUGUCCGCAGGAUCGGGAGGAAUUGGGUCGCCACACCUGGGCUUUCCUCCACACGCUGGCCGCCUAUUACCCGGACAUGCCCACCCCAGAACAACAGCAAGAUAUGGCCCAGUUCAUACAUAUAUUUUCCAAGUUUUACCCCUGCGAGGAGUGUGCGGAAGACAUAAGGAAGAGGAUAGACAGGAACCAGCCAGACACAAGCACUCGGGUCUCCUUCAGCCAGUGGCUGUGCCGCCUGCACAAUGAGGUGAAUCGGAAGCUGGGCAAGCCUGAUUUUGACUGUUCGAGAGUAGAUGAGCGAUGGCGUGACGGCUGGAAGGACGGCUCCUGUGACUAGAAGACUGUCAGCAGAGCAUGUGGGGCAUCUAGCCAGGAUCCAUGGGCGACCUGGCUAGAGAGGGACAGCCUGCUGAUUAAAGUGCAUCUGAGCCAAAGCUUGUUCCCAUGUGCGGGGAGGGAUCCCUAGGAUGCUGCCAAUGGGAACCUAACCCACAGGACUAAGAAGUGGAGGUGGCUGGGCCCCAUGGGACUAGAGAUGAGAGGCAGUAUACUUAGUUCAGGCUGCCCUAUACCCUUUAUAAUACAGCCUCUUGCCCAUUAUACACAAGGACAUAGCUGCCCUAUAGGAAGAUGGGGUAGCCCAUUGCCCUCCUACUAUAUAGCCAGGGGUGCCUACAAAACUGGCAGCUCUGUGCCAUUUCAGAAUUGAAGCAUGGUACUGAGCUGUCUAGUCUAUAUUCUGUUCCAAGUUCUAGUAGGGCUCUUCACUUAGGGUGUAUCUACCAUCCUGCCUGCCUGGCACAUGGUCUACAGCUAUGACAUGCCUGUCAGCAGAUGAUCCUGAACUUCUACUUCUGAGAGUUUGAGACAAAAAUAAAAUGAAGUGACUUAGG